UUAUACCUUACCUCACAUCAGAGAGCACCUACACAGGAGAAGCUUUAUGGUUGUAAUGAACAUGAGAAAAAUUUUUGUCAGAAGUCAGACCUUACAAUGCAUCACAGAACUCACACAGGAGAAAUGUACUAUAGAAAUAUUAACUGUGGAAAAACCUGUGAGAAUUCACUCCUCAGCCAUCCUGAGAGAAUUCACACAGGUGAAAUACCAGAUGGAUGUAAUGAAUGUACAAUAUUUUUCCACCAUGACUCUGACCUCACUGUAUAUCACAGAAUUCACACAAGUGAGAAACUAUGUAGAGAAUAUAAAAAAUUUUUUUACAGUAAUAAAUGUGGUGAAGGCUUCCUCCAAAAGUCAUAUCUCAGCAUUCAUCAGAGAACUCACACAGGUCAGAAACCAUAUGAAUGUAGAGACUGUGGAAAAGCUUUUAACCACAAGAGAGAAUUCAGCAGGCAUGAGAGAACACACACAGGCGAGAAACCGUAUGAAUGUAAAGAAUAUGAAAAAGCUUUUAGCCAAAAGUCACACUUCAGCAUUCAUCAGAGAAGUCACACAGGUGAGAAACUAUAUGAAUAUAAAGACUGUGGAAAAGCUUUUAACCACAAGGGAUACCUCAGCAAGCAUGAGAGAACUCACACAGGUGAGAAACCAUAUGAAUGUAAAGAACGUGGAAAAACUUUUAACCAAAAGUCACACCUCAGCAUUCAUCAGAGAAAUCAUGCAGGUGAUAAACUGUAUGAAUGUAGAGAAUGUGAAAAAACUUUUAACCGAAAGUCAAACCUCAGCAGGCAUCAGAAAAGUCACACAGGUGAGAAACCAUAUGAAUGUAAAGAAUGUGGAAAAGCUUUUAAGUUAAAGUCACAUGUCAGCAUUCAUCGGAGAAUUCACACAGGUGAGAAACCAUAUGAAUGUAAAGAAUGUGGAAAAGCUUUUAAGUUAAAGUCACAUGUCAGCAUUCAUCGGAGAAUUCACACAGGUGAGAAACCAUAUGAAUGUAAAGACUGUGGAAAAGCUUUUAGGGAAAAGUCACAACUCAGCAUUCAUCAGAGAGUUCACACAGGUGAGAAACCAUAUGAAUGUAAAGACUGUGGAAAAGCUUUUAGGGAAAAGUCACAACUCAGCAUUCAUCAGAGAAUUCACACAGGUGAGAAACCAUAUGAAUGUAGAGAAUGUGGAAAAACUUUUAACCAAAAGUCAAACCUCAGCAUUCAUCAGAGAAAUCACACAGGUGAGAAACCAUAUGAAUGUAGAGAAUGUGGAAAAACUUUUAACCGAAAGUCACACCUCAGCAGGCAUCAAAAAUGUCACACAGAUGAGAAACCAUAUGAAUGUAAAGAAUGUGGAAAAGCUUUUAGAGAAAAGUCAAACCUCUGGAGGCAUGAGAUAACUCAUACAGGUGAUAAACCAUAUGAAUGUAAAGAAUGUGGAAAAGCUUUUAGUGAAAAAGCAGAACUCAGCAGGCAUGAGAGAAUUCACACAGGUGAGAAACCAUAUGAAUGCAAAGAAUGUGGAAAAGGUUUUAACUGCAUGUCCUACCUCAGCAGCCAUCAAAGAAUUCACAUAGGUGAGAAGCCAUGUGAAUGUUAAGGAAUGUGGGAAAACAGUUUACUGGAACUCACCAUAAUAAACAUGAACAAAUUCACAUAUAGGAAAAUCCCAAUUAACAUAAUGACUGGGAGAAGGUUUUGCCAUAAAUCCCAUGUAAUGUUUCAUCAGAGAAUUCAAACCAAGAAAAAGCCCUAUAAAUGCACAGCUGCUCCUUGGUAUUGGAGGUUGGUUCAAGAUGCCCCUGUUGAUGAAAACACUUGCAAAUGAUGAAGCCCCUUCUAUAAAUGGUGUAGUGUUUUAAUAUCACCUAUGAACUUUUUUCUGUGUCCUUUUCAUCUUGAGUAGAAUAUUUAUAUUACUGAAUACAGAAGGAAUUCCUUGUAAA